CCGCCUCCCUGCCAAGUACGCCCGUGAGUGCAAGAGACCUCUAAUCCCUCUGACACUCCUUUUACAACCCUCUUGGGCGUGGGCCAUCGUGAAUACGCCCCCUAGCGCUGUCAGGUCUUCGGGCUUUUAUGAAAUGAGAAACAAAGAAAUAACUGCUACCUAGGAGAAUACGGCCAUGAACGUUUCAUUACAUUAACGUGUUCUACAUGCUAGGGUGAUGUGUUGUCUUAUCACUGUGAUGCCCGUUCACGUUUCCGACUUUUGUCUUAUUUGCGGGUCGUGAUAACACUGUCCAGAUAGAUCAAGUAGCUUUAUGGGGAUUCGGCCAAGUGACGGCCGUGACCAUGUUUUUUACCUGUUCAUGUACUUUGUGAGUCAUCUUGUAAUUUUGGUUGUCAUCAGUUUCGUUUUUUACUAACUGUGGAUGUAUUUGUUACGCAAGAACUUAAGUCGACAGCUCCACUAGCUGGUUGUCAGCACAGCAGCAGAGAGUGGAGUAGUGGUGCAUGGUGCAGGCAGUGUCGGCUCGCGUUUUCUGGCGUUUGCGAGCUUUCUAACUCAACCGAGAGUUAUCUAUAAAGAGAUAGCUCAAUUUCUUGGUUAUUUCAUGUGAAUUUCUUUUUUUUAAAUAUGACAGCAAGCAUAAUUGUGAAAGGCCAUGUGCAAAACUAACGAAGAAUGAGCGUGACAAGAAAAAUAACAAAUAUUACUUAUCUUCACAUUCCUUUAAAAUAACCUUUAUCGGUCCGUUGUAAUUCCGUAAACGCUGCUUUAGAGCCCAGCAUUUUCUCAUAUUAGAUUUAAUACGACAGGCAGAACAAUGCCAGAUACUACCGGUGACACAGAUAAAAAUCUCUCUGUGACAAUGCAAACGUCUAAUUCAGUACCGGAAAGUAUUGAGGAAUUCUUGGAAGUACCAUUGAAUUCUGUUCCAUAUAGAGAGUAUAUGGAAACAGCUCCACAGUACAUUCCAGGACAAGGCAUUUCAAGAUACAUGUCCUCCCUUAAAAACUUAAUACCUGUAAGGAAAAAUAAAAAGGUUAAAGGAUCCAUUAAUGUGGAUAAAGCUGGCCUAUUUUCAUUUAUCUUUUAUACCUGGCUAUCACCAUUUAUCUACAAAGCAUACAGGAAAGGACUGACUGCUGAUGACGUUCCUUCAGGAUCACCUCUUGAAUCAUGUGACCUUAAUUCUCAAAGACUAGAGCUCUUAUGGCAAAAAGAAGUUGCUGAGAAAGGAAUUUCUGGUGCAUCUUUUGGUUAUGUUGUGUGGAGAUUUGUUCGUACCCGAAUCAUUGCAUCAUGUUUCUUAUACUGCCUGGCUUUAAGCAUGGGGUUUUUAAGUCCUGCAAUAUUCAUGCGACAACUUUUACAAUUUGCACAGAAUGAGAACGCAAGUACAUCAGAAGGGGUAAUGUGGGCUCUGUGUCUAACAUGUGCUGAGUUUAUGCGUUUGGUAUUUGUUGCAUGGUACUGGGGUGUAAGUAACAGAACGGCAAUUAGACUGCGUUCUGCCUGUGUUGCAAUGUUGUACCGGAAAAUUUUGCGUUUAAAUGGCCUUGGAGAGAGAUCUACUGGAGAGCUUAUCAACAUCUUUGCUCUUGACACUCAGAGGAUGUUUGACAUGGUGCUUUUUGGGCCUAUGAUAAUUGGAGGUCCGCUUGUUACAGUGUGUGGUGUGUGUUAUAUUUAUUGGCUACUUGGUGGUUGGGCUCUGUUUGGGAUGGCUACUUUUCUAUUGUUUUAUCCAACUCAGUAUGGAAUUUCCCGGUUAUCAAGUUAUUUGCGCAGCAAAACUAUUAUUGCUACAGACAAACGUGUGAAAGUGAUGACUGAAGUUUUAAAUUCUAUAAAGUUUAUUAAAAUGUAUGCUUGGGAAAAUUACUUCUCAAAAUGUAUUAAAGAAAUUCGUGCUAAUGAGCAUACAUUGUUACAAAAGUCAUCAUAUUGUCAGAGUAUGAGCAUGUCUCUUGCAUGUACAGUUCCAGCUAUUUCUGCAGUUAUUACUUUUCUUGCUCACAUUUCUACUGGGAGUAAUCUCUCUGCUGCACAGGCAUUUCCAGUGAUAGUGUACUUGAGACAACAGGCAGGAAUGGUGUUAAUUCUCUUAUAUGAGUGUGGCAUAAGAAUCUUCGAAGGAGUUAUUGGAAUAAGAAGAUUUCAGCGUAUCCUAUGCAUGGAGGAUAUUGCUCCAUACAUUAUUCAUCCAAUUGAUAAAUCAGAAGCUAUUCAUAUUGUGGGAGGAACUUUUGCUUAUAAUACACCUCCUACAGUGACUUCUCCAACCAGUGUUGGAAAAAGUGCUUUACCUAAAGAACCUGAAGCAGAAUGUCUGAAUGCUAUUUUGGGUGACAGAAAAUAUAUUACUGUUCUCCAAGACAUCUGUUUUCAAGCUCCAAAGGGCAAGCUCAUUGGUGUCUGUGGACCUGUGGGAUCUGGAAAAACUUCAUUGAUUCUUGCUUGUUUAGGCCAGAUGAGGAAGUUGAGUGGUCAAGUGACAAGAGACGGAACAUGUGCAUAUGUUAGUCAAGAAGCUUGGAUUCUGAAUGCUUCAUUGAGAGAAAAUAUUCUAUUUGGAGAAAGAUUUGAUUCAAAAAGAUACUAUGAAGCAAUCUAUGCCUGUUCACUGACGGAAGAUAUAAAUAUGCUUCCUGGUGGAGAUCAAACUGAAAUUGGAGAAAAAGGCAUCAACUUAUCAGGUGGACAGAAACAGCGGGUAGCUCUAGCUCGGGCCUUGUAUUCCAAUAGAGAUAUGUACUUUCUUGAUGAUCCAUUGAGUGCGGUUGAUGCACACGUGGGAGCUGAAAUUUUUCAGAGAUACAUAAUGACUAGUCUGAGAGGCAAAACAAUAGUUUUUGUAACACACCAAAUGCAGUACCUCAGCAACUGUGAUGAUAUCUACAUGCUGAAAGAUGGACAAGUUAUUGAACAUGGAAGUCAUAAUGAUUUGAUGAAAAAUGAUGGAGAAUAUGCCCACAUGUUAAAAACAUGCCUUUUGGAGAAGGAACAGAAAACCCAAAUUCCAUUUCAGAAUGAAGAGUCAAGUGGUGAUGUGGGAAGGAAAGCUUCAUUAACUACUGAUAAGAGUUUGCAAGAAAAUAAAAAUUCAUCUGUUAAAGGUGACCAAAUGAUAGUGCCAGAACAUAUAGAACAAGGUCAAAUUAAAUUCUACACAUACCACAGUUAUGUUGCUGCAGCUGGAGGUUACAUUGUGGCAGCUCUUGUUUUUAUCACUUUCUUGAUGAAUGUUGGAAGUACAACUUUCAGUUCAUGGUGGCUUGCAACUUGGAUUAAAGAAGGAGGUGGGUCAACUUUGAUAAUACACAAUAAUCAGACUCACAAAAGUGAUCAGUUAAUUGAUAACCCUGACUUCCCUGUUUAUCGAUUAGUGUAUGGAAUUUCUGUAGUCGUUAUCAUGGGAACAAGCUUAUUAAGAGGAUUUGUAUUUACAAAGCUUACCAUUACAUGCAUCUACAAGAAUUCAUAAUAAACUUUUUAAUAAAAUCAUUCAUUGUCCUAUGUUAUUUUUUGAAACUACACCAAUUGGGAGAAUACAAAAUUUAUUUGCCAGAGAUAUGGAUGAAGUUGAUGUUCGCCUACCUUUUACAGUAGAAAGUAUUAUGCAGAACCUGUUGAUUGUCUUCUUUGCCAUUCUAUUGAUUUGCUUGGUAUUUCCUUGGUUUAUUAUUCCUAUGGCUUUCUUAGGAGGAGUGUAUUAUUUUAUGAGCAAAAUUUUUAGAGUUGUUGUCCGUGACUUAAAAAGAUUGGAAAAUGUGACCCGAUCUCCAAUUUUCAGUUGGAUUGGUACUACUGUACAAGGCUUAAAUACUAUCCAUGCUUUUGAAAAAGAAAAUGAGUUUAUUAGACGUUUCACUUACAUGUAUGAUGAAAAUUCAACAUGUCUGUAUCUCUGUAACGUUGCUGGGCGGUGGUUAGCCAUUCGAAUGGAUAAGUUAGCAGCAGUGAUCAUUUCUAUUUGUUCUGUUUUGUUUUUAGUAUUGAUCAUUUGUAUUACUGCAUUUUUGGUAAUCAUACUUCGUGGUCAGGUUCCUCCUGCUAUGGCUGGAUUAGCAUUGGCUUAUGCUGCCCAAAUCAGUGGUUUGUUCCAGUACACUAUUCGUCUAAUAUCAGAUACUGAAAUCCGCUUUAUUUCUGUUGAGCGGAUGAAUGCUUACUUGCAGAAUGUUGUGCGGGAAGGUCAUGGCAGCCUGAAACGUCCCUCUGCUGAGUGGCCCUCCAGGGGCAAUAUUAGGUUUGAAAAUGUGGGUUUGACAUACCGAAAGGGCCUUCCUGAUGUGAUAAAGAACAUAAGUUUUUAUAUUAAUUCUGGAGAGAAAGUGGGUAUUGUUGGUCGUACUGGAUCUGGAAAAAGCUCAUUGAUUGUGGCAUUAUUUCGAUUGGUUGAGAUUUCUUCAGGUCAAAUAAAAAUUGAUGGUAUUGAUAUUGCUGAUGUAUCCUUAGAAGUGCUGCGAAGUAGGCUUACUGUGAUACCUCAAGAUCCUGUCUUAUUUGCUGGCACAAUACGAUCAAACCUUGACCCACAUCAAUUAUUUUCUGAUUCUGAUUUGUGGAAUGCUCUUGAGAAAACUACUUUGAAAAACAAAAUUUCAAGCACUGCUGAUCAAUUAGAUGCUAGUGUAAAUGCCUCUGGGAACAACUUCUCCACAGGAGAAAGACAGCUGCUGUGCUUAGCUCGAGCAUUAUUGAAAAAUACCAAGAUUUUAAUUCUUGAUGAAGCAACUGCUGCUGUUGAUCCUGAGACAGAAGUUGCCAUUCAAACUGCAAUCCAGAAGGAGUUCCAUCAUUGCACAGUUCUUACUAUAGCCCACAGACUCUCGACUGUCACUUCAUCUGACAGAGUUCUUGUUAUGGAUAAUGGCAAGGUUGUUGAAUUUGACAGCCCCUCGAAUCUCCUCGGCAAUAAUAAUUCCCAUUUCUAUCAACUGUGCUCUUCAGCUGAAAAUGCUGUUAACCAAGCACUACUUAAUGUUCCUGUGAGCUAAAAAUGAAUUUUCUAUGGUAUUGUAUUUUUGAAUUAAAGAAUUAUAGAGAAAGACUUUUUAAAACAUA